GGCCCGCGGCCGCUCAUGGGCAGCCAAGGCCCCCCGGGGCCGCCUGGGAACCGCGGGCCCGGAGAGGGAGAGGGCGGGGAGGCGAGGAAACUGCAGGAAGGGAGGGUCUCGAGGGGGAAGCGAAGGAAGGGGAAGGGGAAGGGAAAAGCGGGAGCCGGGCAGGGCGGAAGAGGAAGCGGGGCGGAAGGGAAGCCGGGGCUGCAGAAAGCGAAGGAGGCAGCGGGGCUGGGGGCCGAGGCGGGAGCGAGGGCAGGCCCGGAGGAGGAAGGACAGGGAGGCGGAAGCGUGGAGGAAGGGGCGAGAAGGAUCGUGCGGGGAGAUGCGGGGAGCGCAGGGGCGGGCAAGGAGGCCAGAGGAAGAGGUGAUGGGAAGAAGGGGGAAUGGAGAGCCAGGCCUGGGCGGCAGGAGGACGCGAGGCCGGGCAGAGCGCAGGGACGAGGGGGUCAGGCUUGGGGCUGCAUCGCGGGGGCAGGGACGGCGGGGGUGGCCAUGGCGGCCGCAGCCGAGGAGGAGGCGGCAGCCCGGGAGCCGGCCGGCCGCCCAGCUGCGGGGCCAGCGCUCUUGCGCCUGCCGGAGGAGCUGCUGCUGCUCAUCUGCUCCUACCUGGACAUGCGGGCCCUCGGCCGCCUGGCGCAGGUGUGCCGCUGGCUGCGGCGCUUCACCGGCUGCGACCUGCUCUGGCGCCGGAUAGCCCGGGCCUCGCUCAACUCCGGCUUCACGCGGCUCGGCACCGACCUGAUGGCCAGUGUCCCCGUGAAGGAACGGGUGAAGGUAUCUCAGAACUGGAAGUUGGGGCGCUGCCGAGAGGGGAUUCUGCUAAAGUGGAGAUGCAGUCAGAUGCCCUGGAUGCAGCUGGAAGGUGAUUCUCUGUACAUAUCCCAGGCUAAUUUCAUCCUGGCCUAUCAGUUCCGCCCACAUGGUGCCAGCUUGAACCGUCGGCCCCUGGGAGUCUUUGCUGGGCAUGAUGAGGACGUCUGCCGCUUCGUGCUGGCCAACUCACAUAUUAUCAGUGCAGGAGGAGAUGGGAAGAUUGGCGUUCAUAAGAUCCAUAGCACCUUCACGGUCAAGUACUCGGCUCAUGAACAGGAGGUGAACUGUGUGGAUUGUAGAGGGGGCAUCAUUGUGAGUGGCUCCAGGGACAGGACGGCCAAGGUGUGGCCUUUGGCCUCAGGUCGGCUGGGGCAGUGCUUACACACCAUCCAAACUGAAGACCGAGUGUGGUCCAUUGCUAUCAGCCCAUUACUCAGCUCUUUUGUGACAGGGACGGCUUGUUGUGGGCACUUCUCACCCCUAAGAAUCUGGGACCUCAACAGUGGGCAGCUAAUGAUGCACCUGGGCAGUGACUUCCCCCCAGGGGCUGGGGUGUUGGACGUCAUGUAUGAGUCCCCUUCCACACUCUUGUCCUGUGGCUAUGAUACCUAUGUUCGCUACUGGGACCUCCGAGCCAGUGUCCGGAAGUGUGUAAUGGAGUGGGAGGAGCCCCAUGACAGCACCCUGUACUGCUUGCAGACAGAUGGGAACCACCUGCUGGCUACCGGUUCCUCCUACUACGGUGUUGUACGGCUGUGGGACCGGCGCCAGAGGGCCUGCCUACACGCCUUCCCAUUGACCUCGACCCCGCUCAGCAGUCCUGUGUACUGCCUGCGCUUCACCACCAAGCACCUCUAUGCUGCGCUGUCUUACAACCUCCAUGUCCUGGACUUUCAAAACCCGUGACCGGGCCACCCCAGCCUGUGUGCCAGGGAAGCCAGAUACUCAGGGACCUCUCCUGCCUGGAGGGUGAAGUGAUACCUCCUCCCUUGCCCCUGCGGUGCCUGUGCUCCUAGACCUGGGACCGCAAUGCUUGGGCACCAUAAGGUAAAAGCUGCUGCCUCCCCGGAAUUUGGGGUUACCUCCCAGGAACUAGUUGGAGAGAAGGGAUCUGCUGCUUUGAGAGAAUGGCUAAACCCAGCCAGGCCUUGCUUCCCUGUUGACCAGAGCAAGGGUCAGGCCUGCACAAGUCUGCUCUGCACCUCGCCCCUUCUCAGAGCCGUGCCAGCUUAGAGUGGGGAGAGGGGUGAGGCUGCCAAUUUCCUGCUCUGGCCUCCAACUCCUCAGUCAGCCCUCAUCCUUGACCAGGCUCUUGGGGCUCAUUCCUGGGGCACUGUGAGCCAGGUCUCACUUUGAAACUAAGGACAAAGAGAACCUGGCAAUUUUGAAUACUGAGCCAGCCCAAUCUCAGGCCGGCUGCUAAGACAUGCUACAAUGUUCAUUUUUGUAAAAUUAAAGCUUGAUUGUUCACA